UGAUACGUGCUGUGGUGGGGGGUUGCUCCAGCACUGCGCCGUUGGGGCUAAAAUCGCGUCGCGUGGUGUAAGCGUGGCAGGAGAGGUCGUUUAUCCGAUCUUCCUCAAGGCUGAGGAGGCUGCUCCUGCUGUGUCUGGGCAUCGUGAAGGGUAUGGACAACGUGGAGGGAGUCACGAAGGGCUUGAGACUUGCAGUGACUUGGGAGGACAGAAGCACUUUAGUACAGGAAUAAAAAAGGCAAAGGGGGAAGGCAGGAGUUGUCCAGUAUGUGGUAGAGUGUUGUAAAAAAAUAAAGAAAAAUGAUUGGGGAGAGGACAGUAAAAAUCUACUUAGUUUAUAGUAAAACAGAUUUCACUGAGGCAUGAGAAAAACUUUCAAAGGAAGAAUAAACUGUCCAGAGCGGUGUGGUGUCUCCUUCGCUGGAGCUUCAAAGAAAAACUAAGUGAAAAUCUGUCAGGAAUUGCCUAGAUGUUCUUAAUCUCGUUGGAGUGCAGGGUUUGGGAGUCUCAUUGAGGUCCUUUUCUGUUCUGUUUCUUUGCCUAGUUGCACAAAACUCUGGCUUGGGCUGUCCAGCUUUCCUGACCUUUUGAUCUGGGUAUGAAAAUCUUUGUAUGGUGACAGCCUUAAGCCGUGUGCUUACAAAAACUGGGAGCAGAAGGGAACCUGGAGUGUGGCUCACAAGUGGAAAGUAACGGUUGGCUUUCCAGGGGUUCCCCUGCUCCCUUACAGGCUGAGGCAGAGCGUACAGACAGCUUCCAGGAUGACCUGGCAGGGCUGACUUCAGCCUCUCCUCCUGGCUUGGUUCCUCCCACGACUGGGGCUUUGAAUUACCAGUGACCCCUGUCACGGCAUGGCCUGGUGGCUGCUCACGUAGCAAAGCGCUGGCGGGGAAGUUGCACUUACGUACCCCUGGGCGCACAUCCUUCUUUCCAGGGUGCGUUAGAUUUCGGCCUCCUCUGUGCCAGUGUGAUUUGGUGCAAGUGGCUGGCUUUGCUUUCUAUUUCACUUGAGGUAACGUUGUUCCAGAGUGGCUGGUUUUGGGACAGUUUAUGUGUGGGAGACUUGACUUAGGGACUUUGCCUGAAAGGUUGCAGGAGUGAAGACUUUUGUGAAAACCACAGCAUAGACAAAGCCUUUAAAUUUACUCCAUUGUGUGUUGUUACCUCUGUGCAGAGCUUUUUUGUUCAUAAAUUCAUAGCUAAGUGUUUAAAAAAAAAAAGAAAAGAAAAGAAAAGAAAACCACCAAAAACCACAAAAGGAGAUAUCUGCUAAAAUUGGCAACUGAAACCAUUGUAAAUUAUACACAACUCAGGAAUCCCUAUCUGAAAGUUUCUUGAGUCAUGGCAUGACUUCUUCCACUGAAACGUCAUUACGAAAGAAGCAACAGCGUAUAGGGUUUUUUUUUCCCCCCCCUCUGGUGGUUUCCCCUGCUGGCUUUCAAAGCUCCAUACUAUAUGUUAUUCUGUGCACGUAGUGCUGUAUCGAAAUGGCUGAUGAUAACGAAGACCUGCAGGCAGAUGAAGAGCUCCCAGCUCCAGCUGAGGACAACUUUGAACAACUGGAGAACGAUAGCCCCGCUGAGCGUAGCGGGCACGUGGCAGUCACUGAUGGACGCUGCAUGUACGUCUGGGGAGGCUAUAAGAACGCCCAAGUUAGGGGGUUUUAUGACUUCUAUCUACCUAGAGAUGAGAUAUGGAUCUACAACAUGGAAACUGGAAGAUGGAAGAAAAGUAAAACAGAGGGAGAUGUUCCACCUUCCAUGUCUGGAAGCUGUGCGGUGUGUGUAGACAGAGUUGUGUACCUAUUUGGAGGACAUCACGCACGUGGCAAUACAAACAAGUUCUACAUGUUAAAUUCCAGAUCCACGGACAAAGUGCUGCAGUGGGUCAGAGUAGAAUGUCAGGGGGUCCCCCCUUCAUCAAAGGACAAACUUGGCGUUUGGGUUUACAAAAACAAGCUAAUAUUUUUUGGAGGCUAUGGUUAUUUUCCUGAAGGGAAACAACGGGGAACUUUUGAAUUUGAUGAAACCUCUUUUUGGAAUUCAGGUCUUCCUAGAGGGUGGAAUGACCACGUACAUGUUCUGGACACUGAAACUUUUACUUGGAGCCAGCCUAUAACUACGGGUAAAACUCCGUCACCACGAGCAGCUCAUGCCUGUGCUACAGUUGGGAACAGAGGCUACGUGUUUGGUGGCAGAUACAGAGAGUCCAGAAUGAAUGAUCUUUACUAUCUAAAUUUGGAUACAUGGGAGUGGAAUGAAAUAAUCACGCAAGGCAUUUGCCCAGUAGGCCGAUCGUGGCAUUCUUUAACACCAAUUUCCUCAGAUCAUCUCUUCCUCUUUGGAGGAUUCACCACUGACAAGCAGCCCCUAAGUGAUGCUUGGAUUUAUUGCAUCAGCAAGAAUGAGUGGAUACAGUUUGAGCAUAACUAUUCAGAAAAGCCAAGGUUGUGGCAUACAGCUUGUGCAAGCGAAGAAGGAGAGGUGAUCGUCUUCGGGGGCUGCGCCAACAAUUUACUUGCCCAUUCUAAAGCUGCUCACAGUAAUGAAAUACUUGUGUUUUCUCUACAACCAAGAUCUCUUGUAAGGCUCUCUCUCGAAGCAGUCAUUUGCUUUAAGGAGAUGUUGGCCAGUUCCUGGAACUGCCUCCCCAAGCACUUGCUGCACAGCGUCAAUCAGCGGUUUGGAAGCAACAACACCUCGGGCUCCUGAGCUGGCUGCACUGAGCUGGCUCUGAACAAGCUGUGCAUGGCUGAGCAAGGCUAAAAGAUGUAAUAAUUUUACCAAGUGUGGCAAACAUUAAACCUGUAUAGAUUAAAUAUUGGUAUUGUUGUAGGUAGUUGCUUCCUGCCUUUAAGUUGCAUGUGAAUGGCCUAGAGAGAACCUAUUUUUGUGUAAAAAUGUUUGCAAUAAAUGUAUUUAAUGCAAGUGGAGAUGUAUCCCAUGCUUAAGCUAAAAGUAGGUCUGGGUUUGUCCACCUUGAAGAACUUGUGAGGGCCACCCCCAAGCGAGAAAAGGGGCUGCGCACAUGUGUGGAAGUACUUGUUUAUGGCAGCCCCAGCCAAGGACCUGUGGACGUUAGCUGUUGUGCAGGAAAUACUGAGGCACCCUAUGAAUAUUAAAGAGGAGCGUUGCGUUAGUCUAGGCUGAAGAGUGCUGUGAUGGGUGAGCAGUCCUGUUUUAGUGUACAGCCUUAGGACCGUGUCUGCUUCACGCAUUUUGCCACAAAUGUUUAAGGUCAGAGAAAUGGUUUUUUGCGAAUUCUACAUAAUCAGAGUAGAUAAACUGUCUUAAACCUUCAGGUGUUAAAGCAUCACUACUCCUGCUUGUGUCUAGCUGGUUUUUGGAACUCGUCUAUGUUGUGGAACUUAUAUGCGAACCUUAGGUAGCAGAUAUUCUGCCCUGAGAAGUAACUGAAAGUGCUCAAGCCUGUCUGCAGCUGCGUCAGCAGCCUGAACAGCUCACCUACCAACUGAGCAGCCUGAGCCACCACGGACUUGAUCUUGGUAAAGGUACAUGGAAAUUGGCUGUGAAAGGGGGUCAGUGCUGGCCUUCAUUGACUCAGCCCCAACUAAUCUGCAGCCCCAGCUGGUGACAGUUGGGACAAAGAACAGGCUGUGCUGCUACGGGGAAUGGGUCAAAUCACGUUUAAGCUGUCCUCAAAAAAAAAAAAAAAAAAAUCAAUAAAA